CGAUUAAGUAAAAAAUCAGUCAAAAUAGAUCAAAUUGCUCAAUUUGAAUCAAUCAUCCAGGUCCAAACAUAAAACUGCCCAAAAUAUAAACCAAAAUCGGAUGAAGAUUAAAUAUGCAAUUAAUUCGGGACUAAUCUGUAUUAUUUGAAAACGUUACGUCAAAAAAUCAGUGUGGUGUUCGAUAAUCAAAUUAUACUACAAGUGGUAUUUAAGCUUCGGGCUUAAAUUUUCGAUACGAUCAUUAUUUUGCUUUGUUUUUGUAUUUUUGAAUGUAUUUAUGCACCUAACCUAACCUAACUCCAUCGACCAUUAAGCUAUUUCUUGCUUACAAUAACUUGGUGGCAGAGGUGAAAUUCGAAUUCACAUCCCAAGAGAUUCUUUUUUGGUUAUAGAAAGAAAUCGAAAAAAUUGUGAUCAUCAUCAUUAAUUUAAUUCACAAAAAAUUAAAAAAUUCUGGCUUUACACAGCAUGUUUCUUUUUUUUAUAUGGCUAAAAAUGCUGAAAAAUUAUUGUUCCGAUCCGCUAAACCCGGAAUCAUUUUUAUGUAAUCAGAAUUCAAUUCAUUUGUAAAUGAUUCAAUGAUAAAGUCUAAUAUCAUUCCAUCCAAUUUUUUUAUUUUUUUAUUGUAAAAAACUUUUUCGCCUAUUUCAAUCCGUGUCUUACAUUUUCUGUAGAUAUAGACGAAAUUGUUUUGGCGCUUUAAACCAAUACAAUUUCAUUGUUUGAUUGUUCAAAGAACUGUGUGUGUGUGUGUUUUUUUUGGUUGCAGUAAAGCUUUCACAAUUUUCGAUUAUAUCACACCUAAAAGUGCCUCAAUUGUUUAAAGAGAAAAAAAAACAAAUUAAUACAAUCAUCAAAAUGCCUGACAUUAUAGAUCUGACAAUGGAAAAUGAACUGAACGAUAUUUCUAUGACAAAUCCUGAUGAUAGUAUUAAUGUAUCGAGCUCUAAUGAAUCAUUUGAGAAGCCUUCAGCUAAAAAACGAAUCAAACUUUCACAUGAAGAUCGUAUCAGAAUCAAAGCUGAAAAGGAAAAAUUACGUGAAGAACGUGAACAAUUACGAAUGGAAAAAGAAAUGGCCAGAUUGGAACGAGAAAAAGUUCGUAUAGAAAAAGAGAAAAUGAAGAUGGCUCGAGAAAAACAGAUUCUUGAAGAACGAGAAAAGAAACAGAAUGAACAACAGAUGAAGAUGCAAAUGAAGGAGAAAAUUCGUAAAGAAAAAGAAGAAGAAAAAAAUCGUAAAGAAAUGGAAAAACAAAAGCGAUUGGAAGAGAGACAGGCCAUCGUUGAAGAAGAGAAUAAAAAAAAAGAAAUGGCAAAAAAAUUGGAGGAAAAAAGUCGAGCCGUUCUUUUUAAUUUUCUCAGAAAAUCCAGCUCAGGUGUUAGUGAAAAUAAUGAUCAAAAUUCUUCCUUUACGAAUCGAAUGGCAAUGUCAACAGAUAAUGAAAUGGAUUGUGGUGGUAGUGGUGGAGAAUAUUCAUUUGUUCCGAAAAAUCUAAUCAAUUCAUUUGAUUCCGACCAAUUUGAACGUUUAAUCACCGAUCAGAAUGAAUCUGUCGAACAUUUAUAUCUUGCCUGUUUAUUGUCUGGUCAAAAAGUUCCUUAUUCCUGUCCAAUCAUUCAAUCAUCUUCAUCAUCGAUAAAUGUUGAUGAUGAAUUACUUGAACAAUAUCAUCCAGUUAAUUAUAUUUACCUGAAAUUUCAUGAAAAUCUUAAACCACCUUAUUUUGGACCUAAAACAUUGACUACUGAAAUGGAUGGUCGACGUCCAUUUAUUAAAUUAGAAUCAUUGGAUUAUGAAGUUGAUAGUGAUGAAGAAUGGGAUGAAGGUGGACCUGGUGAAAGUUUAAGUAACACUGAUUCUGAACAAGAAGAAAAAGAUGAUUAUGAAAUUGAUAAUGAUUUUUUUGUACCACAUGGUUAUCUAUCUGAUGAUGAAUUUAAUUUGAAUUCCGAUCUAGCAGCCAAUGCUAACAAUGAAUCACAAUCAAGAAAUAAUAAUAGUCCAUUAACUAAAGAACAAACAUUGCUUAAUGAACGAAGUAGACUUGCCGAUAAAUUAACACCACAAGUGAUUGGAUGUUUUUGGACAUCAUCAUCACCAACAUUGGAACAACAACAACAACAACAGCAGCUAUUCGGUAUGGAUAAAUUAAAAUUUCUGGAACAAUUUAAAAUCUGUCUUAUACCAUCGAUUGCUAUUAAGCCAUAAUAAUAAUGGUAAUAAACCUGAAUAUAUUCAUCCUUUGUGGUUGUAUAAUUAUCAAUCAUUUUUGUAUCGUUUUUAUUAUUAUUAUUAAAUUUUUGAAAAACA